AUGAGUUCUGUGGCCGGUCGUAAACAACCUAAAAAUGUUAUGAAUCAAAAAGUGAUAGGAAGAGCAUUCCAUUUACCUCUGCCAUUAGAGGAAACGUUAAAAAAAUUACCAAUUCCUAACCAAGCUAUAAUUGAACAUGAAUUAUAUAUUCUUGGCCUACAUAAAUAUGCUCGGACACGAGAAAAUGAAAAUCCUGUGCUAAUUGAAAAUACUGGCAAACAAAGGGACAUUAGUGAGAUACAAGCUAUGCUAACUCAAGCAGACCCGAGUGAUGAGUACUACGAACAAUACACUAUACAUACACUUAAUGAACCUCGUAAGAAUGCUAAAGCUACUGAUCUUUAUCAAAUGCUAAAAGUAGAUGCACAGUCAAUUGACCAACGAGAUUUACAAUUAGAUUUAAAGUGUUUUCCUGUAUUGUUUCCUUUUGGAAAUGAUGGUCAAUAUUCUGACCGAUUGGUUUCACUUAUGCCUUCUGAAUUUAUCAAAUCCCGAUUGUUGUCAAUGGAUUCUAUUUUUAGAACUAACAUACAAUACUUAUUUUUCUUGUUACAUGACUCUAAUAUUAGAGCGUUAAAGGCUGGUAUUUAUCACAUACUAAAUACCAAGAAAUCUUCAGAAAAAUUAACUUCUUUAGAAUGUUUAGAGUUACUUAAAAAUGAACAGUUGGAAGGCAAUUUAACCACUAUAUUCGCUAGAUUGAGAAACACAAGUCAAUACUGGUUAGGUCCACGGUCAGAUAUAGAAACUAUGAUAACUUGGUAUGGACCAGUGACAUUUUUUUUAACAUUAAGUCCUGCCGAGUACAAUUGGGAUAGGCUAGAAUCGUUCUUAAGGCAAGUAAAUAAUACAACUGCAGACGGCAAAUCACUAUCAGCACUCAUAGCACUUGAUCCCAUUUCCACAUCACGUUUCAUUAAUAAUGAAUUUAAAGGUAUACUAGAUUUUCUUACAUCUGAUGAUGCACCAUUGGGCGUAAUCACACAUUACGUAUGGCGGCGAGAAUAUCAAACCAGAGGACUACAACAUUUCCAUACACUUAUUUGGAUAGAAGGAGCUCCAGUGUUGGGAGUUUCAACAAAUGACGAAGUAGCUGAUUUUAUUGCAAAAAAAAUAACGUGUGCAAAACCUGAUAAAAAUUUAUUUCCAACACUUUCAAAACGUGUAGAUUCAUAUCAAACACACAAGCAUAACAGUUAUUGCAUGCGCAAGAAAAAUACAUCCAAAGGUAUAGUUCAAUGUUGUAGAUUUGGAUUUCCUAGGUCUAUUACAAAUCAGUUUACAAUCCGUGAUGUUGCUACAUCUAUUGCUGGACGAAGAAAUCUAAAAUCGAAAAGUAGACUUUAUGAUAUACCACGAUCAGAAGAAGAAGCAAAUAUAAAUGAUUAUAAUCCUGCUAUUCUAUUAGCGUGGGAAGGAAAUAUGGACAUUCAAUUCAUUGGUGAAAAGUCAUGUGCCCUUAGUUCUUACAUAACAAAAUAUCAGACUAAACCUGAAAAAUCUAAUGUUUCACAAACGUUUGAUGUUAUAAACAGUACUAAGUCUUUAAAUACUAAAUUAUGGAAUGUAGCCUUACGCUCACUCAGUAACAGAGAAUGUGGAGUUCUAGAAGCAAGUGACACGUUGCUAGGUAUACCUUUGUAUGGAACUGAUAAAAAUACAACGAUCAAAUGGCUGGAUGUAAAAAUAAUAAGAAACAGAAGACUAAAAUCAAAAACAGAAAUAGAAAAUUUGGAUAACCAGUCAACUGAUUUAUACUAUCCUUCGAUGAUUGAUAUUCAUUACCCUAAUAGACCCACUGAAAUGGAAAAUACUAAUCUGUUUAAUUUUGCUAGUAAAUACGACAUUGUGAAAAAAAAACCACAUUUGACAGAACUUGAAUGUUAUGAGUAUCCCGGUUAUGGGUUUAUUAAAAAACGACCACGGUCACAUUUAAUUAAACAUCCUAUUUAUAACUGGAAAUUAGAACCAGAAAAGUACUUUCAUUCUUUAUUGAUGUUAUUUAAACCAUGGAGAGAAGAAAGCGAAUUACUUGGUGUAAGCAACACAUAUUUUGAGGCAUUUAUGUUAUGUAAAAAUACAGUAGAAUCAGCAAUAGAUUAUCAUAAGCACCUUCAAUAUCUUAUCACAUCUAAAGAUGAUAUUAAUAAGAUUAUUGAAGAAUUGCAAAAUAACCAAAAUUCACAUACUACAAACGAAACAAACGAUGAGUUACAAAUUAAUGAAUUAGAAGAAGCUAUGGAAGAGCUACAAAAUAAUGAAGAAAAUGUAGAAACUUUAGUAGAAAAUUUAACAGGUGAAAUAGCAAUUGAAAAUAAACCAAUACGACACUUUGUUUCCGGUGUAGGGGGUACAGGGAAAUCAUAUUUGAUUAAAACUAUUAAGGCUUAUGUAACAAACCAAUUAAAUCGAAAUGUAGCUAUAACAGCUCCAACAGGAAUAGCUGUAUAUAAUAUACAAGGUAUGACUAUUCACCGUUUAUUGCAGUUACCGGUAGAACAUGGGCACACUCCACCAUACAGACCCUUAUCAAAUGAUUCUCUUAAAUUAAUUCGUGAGAAAAUGAAAAAUGUAAUUUUAGUUAUAAUUGACGAGAUAAGUAUGGUAUCUAAUGUGACAUUGAUUUAUAUACAUUUAAGACUAUGUGAAAUUUAUGAUACUGGUAGCAGUGAUGAUGGUUGGUUUGGGAAAAUCAAUAUCUUAGUUUUCGGAUAUCUUCUUCAAUUACCACCAGUAAAUGAACAAUCACCAUUUCUACCAUUAAAUGCAAAAAAUAGUGAUAAGUAUCUACAUGAAUUAGGUACUAUAAAUUUGUGGGAAAAAUUGUUUACUUACGAUGAAUUAACCGAAAACAUGAGACAAAAGAGUGAUCCUGAAUAUGCAAAUAUACUGGAAAGAAUUAGAAUUAACACAGUUACAGGAUCUGACAUUCAAGCUAUAAAUAAACAAAAAAUUAGUUUUAAAAUCAAAGAAAAACCUUCAGACAUAAUAAGACAAUUGUACGAAACUAUAAUGAACCUACCAGAUUCUACAUUAGUUCUACUUCCUACAAGAGAACAUUGCUCAUUUUUAAAUAAUGGAAUAUUAUCUUUAUUACCUUCAGAUAACAUUAGUUUGGAAUCAAUUGAUUCUGUUGAUUGA